AUGGCUAGUAACGAUAUAGUAUCUGCCAUUUUACAUUAUAAAAGAAACAUCGAUAAAAUUUCUGAUCCGCCCGAAAGAGCAUUAAAAUAUGAGGAUAGAUUAUUGCAUUGCAUUAACAAAUUAUAUAAACUCCCAGUGAAUGUUAACCACCUUCAGGAAACUGGAGUUGGGAGAACUGUUAAUUCCCUUAGGAAAAUCGAGGGUGAAAAAGGUUUAGGAGAUGCAGCAAAAGCUCUCGUCGCAAAAUGGAAAACUAUGGUCAUGUUGGAAGAUGAAGCUGAAAGAAAGCAAAGAGAAGAAUCUUCCGAGCCAUGCGAAGAAGAUUUAAAAAGGAUUAAAAUAAUUAGGGAAGCACAAAAAAAUGAGCAUAAAAAGACUGAUAAAAAUGAUUCUUCUUCUAAAAAUUCUGAUGGUUCUAGUGAAAUAAACAAAAGCAAAAGUCAUGAGAGUAGUAAAAAGCAUAAAAGUGAAUAUAUAGAAGAUUCUAAAAGUAAAAAAAGAAAACUCGAAUCUGAUGGUGAUUCUCAUAAUCAUCAUCAUCAUCAUCAUCAUCACCACCAUAAUCAUCACUCAAAAAAAAAAGAGACUUUUAGUACUGAUUUGGAAAAAAAUUCAUCAUCUGAUAAUCAUGUAUCUGAAUAUAAAGAUAGUAAAACAAAAUCGAAAAGCAGUUCUAGUGGUAGUAGUAGUAGUAGUAAUAACAGCAGCAGUUUUACUCCAAACAAUAAAGACAAUGAUAGAACAAGUCAUAAAUCGUCAAAUUCUCAUAAAAGCCAUGAAUCAUCCAAAGAUGGAGGAAGUAAAAAACACAAAGAUAGCGAAAUUGAAAAAACAAAAUCUGAGAGUUCAUCUAGUAAACACCAUAAGUCAUCUCAUAAUAAUAAUAAUAAUGAAAGCAAAGAAAAAAAGAAAAAGGUGUAUGCUGAAAAUGAUGGCUUCGAUUCUCAAUCAGGAGCAAGUUUUGCCGAUGCAUUGGGACCAAUGGUUGUCAAAAAAUCACCAAAGAAAAAAAGUUAUAAUGGUUCUGUUUCAUUAUCGCCUGCUCCUAUAGAUAAUUCAUCAAGUGAAAACAGUAAUUCAUUGUCGAAAGAAAAAAAAAAAGAUGUGAAGGAUAUGCUUUUUUCCAAACCUAAAUUGGAACCACUCGAACCUGAUUUAGUCGCAACUCUACCAACUCCAACUCCUUAUUACAAACCUCAUCCUAGUUAUAUACCUACUCCAGAAGCUGUUAAAAAGAGAAUUCAAGCAGAAGAGGAUGCAUUGAGCACAAUUAUGUCGAAUAAAAAUACAAGAACCAAAGUUUACUCUGGAGUCAAAGGAGGUUUAUCAUAUGUUCCUUCAUUGUACGAAUGUUGCUGUCGAAUUUUACAACAACAUAUUGACGCCUUGGAAUACACUGGGGGAAUUCCAUAUUCUCUUUUAAAACCAGUUUUAGAAGGUGCCACUCCUUCGCAACUCUAUCAAUUCGAACAUUUUAAUCCUUACAUAAUAGAAGAUACUGACGAUUUGUGGAAAUUUCACGUCAACAAAGAAUUUCGAAGUCAAAAAAGACAAGAAUUUGAAUCAUGGAGAGAUAUGUACCUGAGAUGCGUCGACGAACGAGAAGAAAAAUAUAAAGCCGUCACAGCUACCAUCAUACAAAGAACAAUUGAAAAUUCCGUUCCCGUGCGAAAAGCAAAACUGGCUUACAUAGACGUUGCGAAACCUCCGCGAAACAUACUCAAAAAACAAUUGAAAAACGGAACGACAAAACCGGAUGCGUGUCGUCUUUUAGGAAAAAAUGAUCCCGACGUCGUUCGAGUUUCGGCGCCAAAACAACCGACGACGAAAGAACCCGCGGUUAUAAGAGUAAAACCAAAAGUAGCUCCACUCAUGCAAAAAACAUUAAAAUCAAUUAAAAUGUCAAGAUUUAAAAGAUGA